AAUAUCAUUAUAUACAUAUUCUUCAUAAAUAGAAAUUUAUUUUAAAAUAUAAUCUCUUGAGCAUUCAUUAUAUUAGGCUUUUUAUAUAUUGUUAAUUAAAACAUAAUCGCUUUCAAAUUAAAGUAGUCUCUAUAUGCAUCGUCUUAGAAUAUUACAAUGAUAAAAUGCACGGCGAAUAUCAGGGUAUAUAUAGGAUUGAUAACAAAAUAAUCUAAUGCAAUUUGGAGAUUUACAGUAUCAACCAAGAAAUACCAUAUCUAAUUCAACUCAAUCCAAUAACAAUAUAGAUAUUAAAUUAAAUACUUUUCAGUGGACAACUGGCAAUAUAUUAGGAGCAAUAGCAUCCAUUAUCAUCUGUGGCACAAUUCUUAUGAUAUUUGUAAUUUGCAUCAUUCACACCUUUAAGAAAAAACUCAACUUCCUUAGCAGGGAACAGCCUCAGCAAAAUGUGGGAAGAGAUGUUAGAGUUAUUUUAAAUAGCAAUAUUGCAAUUCCGCCAAUUCAGGAGAAUCCUCCUCCAUAUGACCAAGCUUUAUAUUCUCCUAACGUAUCUCGUAAAUCUAUUUUUAGAGAUGAAAUUAGUAAAGAGAUUUUGCCAUCUUAUGAUGACGUGGCCAGUAAUUCGGAACAAAAUUUAUAUACCAAAAGCGCAUUUAAAAUUUUAUCUAAGCUCAAGAAAUCAAAAAACUUGGAUGUCAAUUUUUGGGUUACAGCAAAUAAUUUAGAAAGAAAGCAAAACAGUGAUCACUUGUUGGAUCAGAUCUCGAUUUGCUCGUUCCCAUUAUGCAAUAGACAUUACAAAAUGUUACAAAUGAGAAAUUUUACAAAUUUAUUAAAACCGAUUAUCCUUUUUAAUAAAGAAUUAUAUAAAAUACCCUUAAACUUAAAAAAGCAUGUUGUAAAAGUUCAAUUUAAUAGAUCUACAGCAAAUACUAUAUCCUGCUCGAAUAAAAUUUUAAAGACUCGAUCUAGUUUAGAAAACGACCAUCAUCGAAUAAAUACUCUAGAUACUACACAAUCUAUGCAUAAAUUAUUUAGGGUAAACAGCCUAUGCUCUACAAUCAAACCCAAACAUAAAACAAUACAAAGAUCUACAUCUUUUAACUAAAGUCUCAUUUAUAUUUCAAAACGAAUAUUAUCUGCCUCCUCUAAAUAUAUAACCAAAACCAGAUAUAUCAGGAAAAGGAGAUAUUAAAUCGUUUGAAGGAUGAAAAUAAACCAUAUUAUAUUUAUUAUAAUUCUUGUUUAACCCUUGAAUGAUAAGGUGGGAAAAACUAAUGCGAAUGGUUAUGUAGGACAUAGUUCACCCCUUAAAGCUGUUAUAUUCAAAUUUUUUAUAUUAUGCUUUGAUAUUUUUGAAUUUAUUCGAUGUUUGACCAUGUGUGAAAAUUAAUUUUCUAAUAAAUAUAUGCA